UUCUCGGAAAGUCAUGUUACAUAAUCAGUAAUAAAUUGUAGCUGCUUGAGGGAAGACCUUAAAGUUAAACGAAUGAAUAAAACGCUUUUCCCGGAUAACAACGUGAGCAGGAUAAAGGGAGAUACGGACGUACGGAUCGUCGAUGUUAGAUGUUCCCAUGUAGUCUACAUCAAACGCCAGGUUACAUUCCAAGCAAAACUGGGUAUAGACGAUCCUCUGCUUAUCGUUGAUAUUGACGAGGUGGUGGAGAGAUACAGAAAAUGGUACAAGUUAUUUCCCAGGGUGGAGCUGUACUACGGUUUGAAAUGCAAUAAUGAUGAUAAAAUCGUUGAUGUCCUGAUGAGAUUAGGGAGCAGUUUUGAUUGUGCGAGCAAGGUGCGUACAUUUUCAAGUCAUAUCCUACAAACUUCGAAUUGAUUUAUGACUUGCCGGAGCAAGAGGCCAUUGUAUAUAUGUGUUUGUUGAGUAUAAACAACCAUUGUAUGUU